CCGAGUGGUCGCGCCAACCCACUCAUAUAUAACAAGAAAUAUACUCGAUUAUUUUAAUUAUGAUACACUUUUUAAUGAUAAACAUGUCGUGACAGUGAAUUUUUACUCUUAUGUCACCAAAAAAUAAAGUUUAAUUUUGUUUUGCGGCCGUUCACAAGCUUGGGCUAUAUUUACAUCGUUCCGAGCAAAAAAUGGAGGCGAAAGAAGAACUGAACAAAAAAGACCACCAGGAUGACGACGUCCUGGAGACAGUUCUCCAGCAUGUUGGCGAGAUGGGACGGUACCAGAAGUGGCUGUUCCUGGCCAUGCUCCCGUUCGGAGUGAUCUUCGCGUUCGUGUACUUUGUCCAGAUGUUCAUUGCUGCUACACCGCAACGACACUGGUGCAGGGUUCCGGAGCUACAGCAUUUGGAUGUGGUAACAAGACGGAAUCUUAGCGUGCCGCCGUCUCGCGCCGGCGACCCAUUCGAAUGGGAGCGUUGCAAAACGUUCGACGCGAACUGGAGCCAAGUCCUGCUGACGAUGCAGCCCCCUGAUCCCGGCACCCCCUCCACUCCAUGCCUCAACGGCUGGGAGUUUGAACUGGGAGAUAUUCCGUACCAGACCGUCGUCAGUGAGCGCGGUUGGGUAUGCGAGUUCGCCAGCGCCGGGCCCACAGCCCAGGCUAUCUUCUUCGUGGGUUCCUUCGUGGGCGGCCUGCUGUUCGGUUGGCUAGCCGACAACUUCGGACGGGUGCCCGCCCUGGUUGGUACGAACCUGGUGGGUUUUGUGGGCGGAAUCGCGAGCGUCUUCACAACCGGACUGUGGGACUUCGCCCUGGCCAGAUUUCUGGUCGGCAUGUCAUAUGACAGUUGUUUUAUGAUGAUGUAUAUAUUAGUUCUGGAGUACGUGGGCCCUCGCCACCGUACUUGGGUGGCCAACAUGUCCAUAGCCCUGUUCUUCGGGUCGGGAUGCCUGGUGCUGCCUUGGCUGGCCGUGUGGAUAGCUGACUGGAGGAAUCUCCUGAUAGUCACGUCAGCGCCAAUGCUGUGUGCAAUAGCUGUGCCCUUUCUAGUUCCUGAGAGUGCGAGGUGGCUGUCUUCCCGGGGCCGCAUCAAUCAGGCCGUGGAAGUGGUGAGGCGCUUCGAAAGAGUCAACGGGACUAAAGUGCCUCAGGAUGUAAUCGACGAAUUUGUUGUAGCGUCUCGUCAAACGCGGGAAACCAACGAAUCUCUCCUCUCAGUGUUCCGAAGUCCCCCGCUCCGGAAUGCCAUGAUUUUCAUGGUAAUGGUCUACAUGUCCUGUGCCCUGAUCUUCGACGGGCUGGUGAGGAUGUCGGAGGGACUGGGGCUGGACUUCUUCAUCACGUUUACACUGACUUCAGCAACGGAGAUACCCUCGGUGACUCUCCUCGCUAUGCUUUUAGAUAGGUGGGGCCGUAGAAUGUUGACCUGUGGCCCUAUGUUGACUGCUGGGAUUCUUACAUUAAUUGCUGCAUUUGUCCCCAAAGGCAUCCCCCAAGUGACACUAGCCAUAAUGGCCCGCUUCUGCAUCAACAUGUCGUACAACGCCGCCAUACAGUGGAGCACGGAGCUGCUGCCGACCGGCGUGCGCGCAUCGGGCUCCUCGCUCGUGCACGUCAGCGGAUACGUGGCGACUGUCAUGUCGCCGUACAUCGUAUACUCUCAACUCAUAUGGAGCUCCCUUCCAUUGCUAAUCCUGGGUGUGACAGCGUUUGUGGCCGCCGUGUUCGGGAUGUUAUUGCCGGAGACAAAGGGCCGGCCGAUGCCGCAGACCAUUGACGAUGGAGAGAGGCUAGUUCGACAAUACUCACUCUGUGGUUACAAGAACCCUGACAAAGAAGAAACUGAAAUGUGGCAGAAGAACGGCAACGACAAAGCGCUUAUCACGUAGCGUACUAUACGACCAAUUUUAAUUGACACAUAUCUUCGAGACUUCUUGUAAGAUCUCGGUUACACUGAGAAUGAGCCGGUUGAUCAUCAAUGACAAAAUGAUUCUUCAUCAAAAUUUAAAAGUUUGUUAAAUAGUGGAACGAACUAACUGGGAGACCCCUCAAAAUUUAAUCUUGCCGAAUAUUUUUGUUUGAUAGAUGUAAUAAUAUCAAUUAGUGCGAUUAAUUAGAUAUUUCAGUGUAACUUCCGUUAAACGCAAGUAAGUAAGUAUGAAAUAAACCAAAAACCUCCUAAGUACAUCAUUACCCAUUUAUUAGGUUACUUGUAGAAUUGUUUUUUUAACUUAGUGAAAAGUGACAAUAUUUAAGUAUGUGAUUUAAAAAAAUAAAUGCAUUAGUCCUUGGACUAGGUCCUUAUAUUAAAACUUAAGUAGUAUUACUUACUUGACCUAUUUUUUCUUAAAAACUUAGUGCUAAGGAAUUAAUGUGUGUGCUAUGAAUUGUAAUGUAAGAAUUAUUGACAUAAUUUUUAUAGGUUAAAUGAAUUAAUUUUACAAAAUUAGUUAUUACAUUUAGUUAAAUGAAACUGGAUUAAAGUAACGCUUUUCAUCUGAACAAAAAAAAACCAUAUUUAUUAUUUUAAAGCGUAAAAAAUAUAUGAACCGUAAUGAGAUUUAAAUUUUCAAAUUCUUAAAUAAGUACUUAUUGUAUUAUAGUGAUUGAAUGCCCAAUGUGAUAAAAUAGUUAUCGCGCUCAGAGUUGUGAGUAGAUAGUUUAGGUAUAAAAUUAAAUUUAAAAGCAUUAUUUUUAUAAGUAGGUAAGCUUUUUAAACGCACAUUUUGUGAUUAUGAAUUUAAGCACGCAAACAAAUAUGUACGUACAUUCAUUUCGACUUACGUGCCUCUUUUUAUACUAUAGUCUGUGAUACAAAUACCUAAAUAGUUUAUCAAAAAUAACGAUAUGACGUGAUCUUCAAUAUGAUUUUCAACUUCUGAAUAUUCUAAUUACAGUCAAAAUUUAUAAUUGUGAAUAAAGAUUUUGUGUUAUAUGGUAGGUUUUAGUAAUCACAUUAAUUUUGAUAAGUUAGUUAUUAAGUUUUUUUACAAGAAUUUAUUUUUUCUUUUGUGAUUAAUUUGUCUUUUGAGAUAUCUAACAAUUAUUGAAAUCUAACUUUGUAUUAGGUAUGUGGGUGUAUAUUAAAAAAUUAACAUCAAAUUCUAGUACUUACGCAGAGCGUAUCUGGUGCUUUAUGUUAAAUUAUAUAUUUCUAUUAUAGUAUGAAUUAAAUAAUAUAGUUCCUUUUUUAUUUGGCGUGAAAAUCUACAGACAAAUUUUACCGUUUUUCUUUAACGAAUGCGAACUAGGUAAGAUUCAAAUAACCUCUAAGUUAAGAAUAUUAUUUUGUAUGCAUUUAGUUGAUUAUAAUACAUGCUGAAAUUAUGUAUAAAUAACUAUGCAAUGAAAUAAUUGAGUUAUGUAAUGAAAAGUGUCAACCAAAAUAAAAUAAUGUAUUUAUUCCUUA